UAUCUCAAGCACCCCGGUAAAACACAAGAGUUGCAGUGAUGAACAUUUACCAACAGAUGGCAUCGCUGUGCCUUCUUACACCCAUAACAGAGGCGUACCUAAACGUUCACUUUUUCAACAGUGUGUUGAAGUGGCUGACAGAGAGCAGACUAGAAGCAUGCCCCGUUAAUGAGGCAGCUGGAGUUGUAUAGUAUUUCUCCGACCCAGACAAAAAAGAUGAUAUUGAAGUUUAUCUGUGCGGUUGUUACCCGGUCGCUAUUUCUCCUCAUCUCUCUGAUAGGAGUAUGGAGGGUGGUCUGGGUUAAGAAUAAUGCUCUUUAUUGGUUCUUGACGAUCCUUUAUCUUCCUCUGGUGGUCGAGAUGAUUUUAACCCUGAAGAGAAAACAAUUACAGGAUUAUAAAUGGUUUUCUCCUGCCAUCUUCCUGUUCCUCAUCAGUAUCAUUCCAUCUCUAUGGAUUCUAGAGUUACAUCAUCAGCAGAACAAAGCUACUGAUUCCAGGUGUGACAAACUGGAUUCAUCUGAAAACAUAAAGAGCCUGUUAAACAUGUGGAGAGGGAAUUCCACCAAUGGCAGCGAGACGUUACUCCAGGGUUCAGUAUCUCUGUUGUCGUCAGUGUGCGCUAACGACUGGAUCCUGGCCCUGCACCAGACCCUGUUGAUCCUGCUGGUCAUAGGGAAGUGGCUGCUCCCUGUUGCAGGAGGGGUGACCAGGGAUGAACUGUCUCAGCUCCUCCUCAUCUUCGUAGGCACUGCCGCUGACAUCCUGGAGUUCACCUCAGAGACACUGUUGGAUGUCAAGGACAGCAGUCCCAGCAUGGUGUACGUCAUCCUCGGAGUCUGGACGUGGAGUAUGUUCCAGUUUCCUCUUCACCUGUCAGUGUCUACCUCCAGACCUGAUGAAUAUUCAGAGGGGGACCAGGGUGUGUCUCUGCUGGCCAGACUAAGGACAGAUAUCUGGAGCAUGGUGGAGAGCCUCUUCGUCCAGGACGGACCCUUCCUGGUGGUCCGCCUCACCCUCAUCCUCUACUUCCACGUCAUACACCAGAUGCUCAUCUUCUUCGCCAUCAAGAACUUCCUGGUGGUCAUUCUGACCUUCUACCGUCUGUUUGCCAUCUACUGCAACUACAAGGCUUCAGGUUGA